AUAAUAUGUUUCAUCUUUACAAGACGAAGACGCAGUGAAAUGUUUUUGGACUAAAUACCAGGUAAAAAAGGGGUUCCAGGGUAAGAUGUGUGGAAAACAAUGCGUUUUUACGCACGAAUCCAGUCUUUACGCACGGGCUUUUCUGAAUGAAGAAAUAUUCUAUCAACAAGCAGAUACUGAAACAACUAGUUUGAGCUCAUUUCCGUUUGAUAUGAUUGAAAAACAAUUCCAUGAACGGUUGCUUCUCAAACAGAUUCCCAGCAGAGACUCUGCUGAAGCUGGGCGGUGCGAAGGAGGGAGUGGACGGAAGAAAGAGCGCAGAGAAGAUAACUGGAGCUGCUGCUCCUGCCGCUGCUUCUUACGGGUUUCCUGACAGACUUGACAGGUCCUGACGUGAAGUGUUCAUUAGCCGCCUGAACUCUGCACACCGCAAUCGAAUUACAGUGAUUAACGGCGGCGGAAGCUGUGAGGACUAUCAUCACUUUCUGCCACUUUCUCCAUGAACGACUUGUGUCUGCUCUGAGUUUUAAUUAUGACCUUAACGUUUUCGUCCUUCUCCAUUAAAGACAUCCUCACCGGACGGGACUGCCCGGGUAGAACCGUCCGUGACACACAGAUUUGCGCAAAAGAGAGCAACUUCUGCGGUGCUCAAAACGGUGGAAGCGACCCUGAUGUGUGUCGUCAGGACACAGGGGAAAAAAGCAUCCAGACGGAGAGACAUAUCCAAUCUGAUGAUUCAAGUGGAGAGGAGGUCAAGGAACGAGGAACCAAACAGACAGACGGUCAAGACUGUGGCAGUGUGGACUCGCAUGACCCCCAGAAAACUGUGGUAGAUUUCAUAGAAGACGGAUGUCACCACUGCCGGGACUCGAGCAGACGUCCAUCCGCCCGAGGUCAGGCCCUGACCGUCACCAAAAAGCGCUCCAGAGCGGCCUUCUCUCACGCACAGGUCUGCGAGCUGGAGCGUCGCUUCAGCGCACAGCGGUAUCUCUCAGGCCCGGAACGGGCGCACCUGGCUGUGGCUCUGAAGCUGACCGAGAGUCAGGUGAAAAUCUGGUUCCAGAACCGCAGGUAUAAAACCAAACGGCGGCAGAAGACGGCCGAGCUGCUGUCCUGCUGCACGGCAAAGAAAGCAGCAGUAAAGGUCGUGGUGAAGGACAGACAGACGCAGUUUUACCAUCACUACUCACCCAUGACUGUGCCAGUGUUCCACACUCACCCACUGUCUCCUACAUACACUACUGCUGUCCCCCACGGGACAUGGUGUCCACACGGACCGGUUCAAGCAGCGCACACCGCAACAACAAGAGACUUUUAUUUACCAAAAUAUUUUAGAUGACACUUUUCACUUCACAAUCAAAAUAAAUCACAGUGAAACUGCACGUGUGUACGCUGUAAAUGGUCAUUACAUUGAAUUAAUCUCUCAAUUGUUGAUUUAGUCAGAAAAAUAAUGAUUAUUGAACCUUUUUUUAUUUUAUUUUAUUUUUUUUGAUAUUUUGACGUUGCUGUGAGAGUCGAUUUAAAAACCUGGUUGUGAUUUUUUUAUUAUUAUUAUUCAGAACUCAUUGGUGUGUAUUAACCUUAACAUUCCCCUAAAACUGUGGAAUAUUAAAGGGUUAUAUUCCAGCCCUGCUUUUAAUGCUGUAGUUAUAGUUCAAGGAGUGACACGUCACUCGUUAAAGCAUCACGUUUUAAGAAUAACUUUUUUUCAAUCUCACUUUCAGAAGAAUCCUUAGGUCAGUUGACCUUCUGUGCUCACACAACUAAACUUUUUCCCCAUAGUUUUUCAUUUCCAGAUUUUCCAAAUAUCACAAUAAAUUAAUCUCCACCAUUAAUAUGUUUUAAAAAAGGUGAAAAAAAUACAAUCCAAUAAAUGUACGUUUGCUUUAAGCAACGCUGAAAGGGUUCUAUGUUUUUUUUUGUGUGGCUUUAAGAAAUGACUGUUAUAAUGCUGUGUAUUUUUGUAUAUAAUUUAAAUGCGGCCUCGUCGUAGGAGUUAACCAAUCAGAUAGCAGGACUUGGUCUUAUGUUUAACGGAACAUUUUUAUAAUGAAACUCUUUAAAAUAAGUUUGGUUCAACAUUUCUAAAAAGUACAGCCAUUGUGGCCAGUUUUACAUUUCACCAUUUAUUUAACUUGAAAGUCAUGUUAUAUUUACUUAAUUUAUAAUCCGUAAAACCAACGCGACAUAUCUAUUUGUUUUAGUUUCACACAACUGUUAAUAACAAACAGGGUUUUUAGGAACGGGCAGACAUAAAUAUUAUGUUUUUAUUUUUACCAUUAUACUUGAAGAAUUAAGGGAAUACAUGUAUUAAUUUUAAGUCCCAACCUGUAAUAAUGAAGUUGUUUUCCUACAAAGGUGAGUCAUUUGUUCCAGUGAAUGUAAACUGUGUGAAAAAAAA